UUAGGGAGUAGAUUCUAAGCAGUGCAACUAAUGGAGAUCCAAGACAGACAAACAUCCUACUUACAUGGGAUAUUGUCUCACUUUUAAAAAGGAUGAAAACAAAAAUAGAAAAGUUGUAUAUAUGCAUCUGUUGUAGGCAUUUUGAUAAGCGUGUAAAAUUGUGUUAAAUCGUGUUAAUUCUACUUUAAAUCUGGAAUUAAAUCAGCACCUAUAUGAUUAAAUCUUUAAAAACAAAAAAAGUAACGUUACUCAGGUAGUAGUUUGCAUUAACUGAAGCCCCUGUACAAUAACGCAAUACAACCUGCAUUAUUGCUCAGGUGCUUGAGUUACUGCAUCCACCCCCUGUGCAUGUCUGGACUUACUAAGCUGAUAAUGAGGAAUUGGUUCCAGUGUGAGCUCACGAGAAUACCUGACGAUCCAUGCGUUUGACGGGAGGGUCAUCACCAGAGUCAGCGUUGGUACGCAGACUGACUGGAGACAUGAGGAGGAGUGCAGUCAAGACUAUAAAUACCCAAACCAAGAAACGCCAAAAGCUUCUCACAAGAAUUUGGGAUCGACUUCUGAGGAGAGGAGUGUGUUGAGUCAGGGUGUAUAUGAUGGAGAAGGUUUACAACAAACAACUCAUAAUGAGAGCGUUCCUAAAAACAUGAAGUCUGACUUGGAGAUAUCCCUAGAUAAUGAAGUGUUGGAUUCGCUCAGCAAGGAAACUCCCCAAACUCCCGCAGCCUGCCAAGGAGAAACUGACGAGUCUUUAACUAAUCAGGACAAGGCAUGGAAGGGCCCAGUGGUUUCCUCUAAAGAAAGCGUGACUGACAGGGACCCAGCGGUGAAAAAAGAUCAAAGGUUGCAAGGUUUGGAAUCAGAAAAGAGCUCAGAUCAUCAGAUCACUAAAGCAGGUUACACACACCCUCUACCACCGACUGAUAUUUCAUGCAGAUUAUACUGUAUGUGCUUAUCACGCCCUUUGUUCCAGCCAUGUCAUGACACCUUUAACUACAUUACAGGACAACUGUAUGCCACCCUACAUGAUGGACUCUCAGAUGAUGUUUGUACAGCCAAGAAGGAAGCUUCAUUCCCUGAAACAGAAAUCAUGGAUUCUGAAAACAUGUUCUUCAGUGGCGAAAAUGCUGGACUUAAGAGGACACCGCCACCGCUUUUCAAACACUACAACAGUGGUCAAACAUUUCAUGUGAUUUUCCCAGAUGGAACUGGCCAGGUGUACUAUCUAUCGGGAAGGCUUGCUAUUCUUGUAACUGCUGCCCAAUCAGCCGACUGGUCUUGUGUGGUGGUCUUGGAAGACAAACAGCAGCCUCGCAUUCUUGCAGUUUUCACAACCACAGGACAGGCUACCUGUUAUCACAACAAUGGUUGCAUUUGGGUGAAUCUGACUCUGUGGGGAGGCACCUACUGCAGUGACACAGGAGAUUUGAAGAAACAGUGGAGCUGGCUGGACAAUAAGCAUCAUGUUCACGCUCCGCCCUACCAGCCCCUCUGCCUGACACUGAGCCCCAACCUCAAUAUCCGCAUCAAAUCCCAAGAGCACAUCUGCAUCACUUUCACCUCUGGCAAUCACAGUUCACAUCUUAAUGUCGGGGCAAAAGUGAAACUAAAUCAAGGCAAAGGUCUAACGCUGCCAGGGCCUGACAUGCUUCAGAGGUAUCUGCAGCAGAAGAGUGCAGAGAUCAAUGUCCUGCUCCAGAACAUCCAGUCCCUCAUCACCUAUCAAAAGACUGUCAGUCCACAGAAGGUCAAGCCCCAGCAAAGCCUCAUCUCACAGAUGGAAAGACGGCGGCUGCCAAUGAAACAGCAACAGUCUGCCAAGAAGACCCCCUAAAGCUGAUGAUGUCCUUGAAUGGCAGUUUCUCAUUUAUGUGAAAUGACUCCUAAUGCUCUCUGUAUUUGAAUUGUGCUUUUUAGAAAUAAAACCAAAGAUGAUUCAUCUUUGUUUUUUUUUUUUAAUCAGAAUGUUCAUAAAUAGUUUAACUGUACAGACCAUUUUACAUGGGACACACCAAAGCAAAUGUUACAUGACGGUGUCCUGUUACCUUUGUUAUUCUGUGAGGACCUCUAGGAAAGAUACCCUUAAAUCAUAUACAGUGCAAA